ACGGGUUUAAUCAACACUAUUACUCACUUUCAGACUGUUUUCCGUUCUUGUGAUUAUGUGCUCUGACGCGUGGGGUCACAGGUUUAGGCCAGACAUGAGGUUUUGCUAAUUAUUAGCGUCUGUAAUUAACCAAUAGCUCUUUAAAUGAAAAUGCUAACGUGUUUUACAUCGAAUGCAGGAAAUGCUCAUCUGCCGACUACGGAGUUUUUAAACACGUAAAUAUUGAAUGAAUAUUAAUCCCUAUUUAACUUAAGUGAGCGUCAGAGUUCUUUGUAAGUCCAUCUCCACCGUGAGUUUUGCCUUGUUUUCAGUUUUCUCAAAGAACCUGCAAGUGAAUCCUUCUCGGAUAGAGUUUAGAAACGGCUGCACCUGUUUGUGUUUCUCAUUUUUGAUUAUGUAUUUUUAUGUAUACAUUUCCUUUCUUUCUCAAGGUCCUAGUACGAUGAACCACAAAAGGGAAAAGGUGAAGUUUACAUGGCUGAAUGUGGAAUCCCCAAGAAAGCUCAUGAAGAACAGUGUGGGUGUGGCACAGCCAACAUGCUGGGAUGGAAGUGGUCAGGAUGGAGGUAUGAGUGAGGUUAGCUCUCCUGGACUCAACACAUCUACUGGGUCAGCUGGACUGGGCGACAUGGAGAACAUGUGUCUCAGCACUCCAAGCAGUACACCCAAAACACGGUUAAAACUGACUGGACGCCACGGAGCACUGUCAAGAAAAAAGAGUCCUGGUGAGGACACUGUUUCAGGACAGCAAUCCUCUGUUGGACCUUCACCUCCUUCUGUUGGAAAGAAACGCAGGAGUCCUGAAGGGCAGAAAGUAAUUCUCCUUAAAGCACUGAAUGAUGCAAUGGGGGAUGCAAACAAAAAGUCAUCAAUUGGUGGGCCUAAAAGUCUAUCUGCAAAGAAAACCCCAGACAAGCUUAUAAAGGCAAUUGAGGAGGAAAGUACCUCUGAGCUUGACUGCUGCUCAUUCAGUGAGAAGAAUGAACUACUGAUCACGAAUACAGAUGAUGGGCCUCCCCCUCUGGAGUUCAUAGACGCAGAAGAUGAUGGGACCGAAAUAAAGCUGGACACCAUGAGUGUGAUCCUAAAGCGUCCAGAAUCGCCAGAUUGGUCAGAUGUUGAGGACUCCGAGCAGGUUGAAGUUUUCUCACAGGAUGAGUCUUUGGAACCGAAGCGGCGACAAACAACUGGGCUUAAAAGGGAUUGUAAGCUUGUGGACUUCAGUGACACUCCUCCACCUUUGAAAUGCAAGCCUUACUCUUCAUCACCAGCUUUAAAGCCUUCAAUAUUCCCACAAGCCCUGUGGAAACUGGAGCCACAAGGUUGUGACACUUCCCCAACAAUCCCAGCCAGGGAUAUGGAGCUCUUGUCAGAGCUUCCGCCUCAGAACACAGCCUCUGACCUCGAUCCACCUAAGAACUACUCACAUUGUAAGACAGUUAGGCGGUCUCUCAAAUUACAACGGUCUAUCAUCAGCACUUCUACACUGGUCGAUGCUUUCCCCGGGCUCAGAACCUUUGCCUCCGUUCCAUCUACAUCUGGUAACUGGGAUUACUCUCCUCUUACUACACGCAGGACUUCAGAAUCAAAUAUUUACGCAUCCUCACAGAUGCUCCUUGCUGCGGACGGUGCCACUCGCAGGAUGUCUGUUGGCUCGGAGCCUCUUUGGCUGUCAGAUUUGAACUACUCAAAAGCAGAUUCUGCAGGAUUUAUUGACACGCACUGUCACCUUGACAUGCUCUAUGGGAAGUUGGGUUUCCGGGGAAGUUUCCAAAAGUUUCGGAGCAAGUAUGCAAGUAGUUUCCCAAUGGAGUUUAGGGGCUGUAUCGCAGAUUUCUGCAACCCACGAAUCACUGAGAGAGAGGCCAUCUGGGAAGGGCUACUGGGAGAGGAGAAAGUGUGGGGAGCCUUUGGUUGCCACCCGCAUUUUGCCAAGGAGUAUAACCAUGCUUAUGAGCAAAGCAUCAUGGGUGCUAUGCGUCACCCUAAGACCAUUGCAUUCGGAGAGAUUGGUUUGGAUUACUCGUAUAAGAAUUCCACAGACUCAAGGAAGCAGAAAGAGGUGUUUGAACGGCAGUUGCAGUUGGCUGUCUCUCUCGGGAAGCCUCUUGUCAUACAUUGCCGUGACGCUGAUGACGAUGUUCUGAAAAUUAUGAAGAAAUGUGUCCCCCGAGAUUACAAAAUACACAGACACUGUUUUACCAACAGCUACUCUGUGAUUGAGCCAUUCCUAAGUGAAUUCUCUAACCUGUGUGUGGGUUUCACUGGACUUGUGACGUACCAUCACGCUGUGGAGGCUCGAGACGCCGUGAGGAAAAUAUCACUCGACAGAAUCUUACUGGAGACAGAUGCACCAUAUUUCGUACCCAGACAGGUGCCUAAGUCCACAUGCAGGUUUGCUCACCCUGGCAUGGGCAUACACACACUGCAUGAGAUUAGUCUGCUGAAGGGAGAGAGCCUAACCACAGUACUGCAAACAGUCCGGCAGAACACUAGACACAUAUACGGUCUGUGAUUAGAAACUCCAUGUUACUAUAGCAACUGAAGUCCUUGCAAUCUUAGUCCAGCUGCUAUCAGCUUAGUCUUGCAUCUUUGGCAUUUAUUUCCAAACUAAAUGGUCUUGAAUGUGAUUUCCUUGACCCUUUCCUCGUGUUUACAUAACAAUGUCUGCAAAAAAAAGUUAAAAUUUAUAUUUCAAUGUGCUAAGUGUAUGAGCAUUGAUACUUAAGUUUUGUAAGUGUUGUAGGUAAUUUCACAUCUGUUAAAAACAUUAGUAAUGAUUCAUUUUAAUAUAUCUUCAGUAUUGUUUUAAAAUGGUUCUUUGUUCUCAGGAUUCUUUUGUCAUGUGUCUGCAUACAUUCUUACAAGUUAUGUGUGCUUUUGAGACAUAAGUGACAUAAGAUGCCAGCUUGUGUCUUCCCUUGUAUUAGAAUAAGUCAUUUUUCCUUACACCAUGACAUGAAAGUUUAUGCUAAAAGACAGUGUGAAACAGAUUGUGAAAAACCACAACAAAUAGCUUUUACCAAGUUGUUGGUUUUAUAUAAAUGUAACUUUUGUCUAAAUGGGAAGAUUGAAUAAAUGAUCUUGUAUAU